AUGGUUUUGAUUCACUACCUCGGGGUCCUGUCGGCCGUCGCGCUCGGCCUGGUGAAGGCGCAAAACAUCUCUGCUGAUACUUGGCCUCAUCCCACAUAUCCUCAUUGCGAACCUGAGACGAUCACCAAGACCAAACUUGCAACGACGACAGUCUACGGUACCACCACAGUCUUCGCUACUGUUUCGUUUGGCAUCACAGUGACAAAGAAAGUUCCUGUUACCACCACUGUCAGCCGUAAAUACACAGUGACAGAGAAGGAGACUAAAACCGCCACUACUACUGUUAGUCACGGAUAUACAGUGACGGACGAAGAGACUGUUACCGCCACUGUUAGUCACGGCUACACGGUAACAGACGAGGAUACUGUUACCGCUACAGUCAGUCAUGGAUACACGGUAACGGAUAGUGAAACUAUCACCGACACCAUAACCACGACUUACACAUCACUUGUUCCCACGGUCACCACCACCACUUACACAUAUUCCACUACGAUCCCGACCACGAUCAUAUCCGACAGAACCUUGAUCACCACCGAGUACAGCACGUCAGUUUAUACUACCGUCUCUACUUAUACGACGAGCGUCUUGUCUACGUUCACCGACACCUUAACAGUAACGGAGAUUUCCGUCUCAGUGUCGCCAACCACAGAUACGGCGACGGUGACAGCGACAGAGAUUUCCGUCUCAGUGUCGCCAACUACAGAUACGGCGACAGUGACCGCGACAGAAAUUUCCGUCUCGGCGUCGCUAACUACAGAUACGGCGACGGUGACCGCGACCGAGGAGACUACGGCGUUUGUCACUCUAAUCUCUACCACUACAUUCAUUACUACCUCAGAGAUAACGAUCACCGACUCGGUAGUUAGCACGGCGACCUUCACGACGACGGAGGUGAUAACCAUCGUGUCGCAAACCACGUUUAUUGUGCCUCCGACGACGACAACGGCAACGGUGACUACUACCGCGAGCGUCUGUGCCAUUCCAUCCCAACCACCUAGCUUAUCCGUGCCAUACGAUCCCCGGUCCAACUUGACCUGGGGAUGCUUUCCCGGAACCGUGUGCUCUCCUCCCAAGCCACCUGGGUGUCGCGUAUGGGCUCAGGCGCCGCCCGAGACAUAUGUGUGCGACAACCAGGCGUACUGCAUCCCCUCUCCACCCUGGACCCCGGUUACGUGGGAAUCUGAGACGGGAUACUACCCCCCGACGGAGGGCUAUUUCAAUCUUGUGCCGGAAGCGUUCGGAUUGAGCUACGGCAUCUUCGAUAUUGAAGAAUAUGUCAUAACUACUAUCACGGCCCCGAAAAAAACUUAUACGACCACUUACGCAACCGGAAACUGGGAGUCGCAGUCGGAUUUGACGGACUGGACCACUACAACGUCAGCGCCAGCCCGCACGACCGCGCUGGCUCCCCGAAUGUAUCAAAAACACGCCGCUCUUAGCAAGAGGGUACCCACGAUACCGGCAAGAUGCUACGCCACGUGUAACAACGGGUUCCGUGAGGCGCAACGGGUCGGCAAGGAUCCUAGGCUCUGCGACCAGGACUCCGCCUUCAUGAAUUAUUACCGCAACUGCCUGUUGUGCGCCGCGGAAUCAGAUGACUGGGUAGACCCAUCGCGCACACAUGCCGCGACUGAGAUGCGGCAAUACCUCGGUUUUUGCGAAGCUCGUGACGCCACGCCAGAGCCGGGUACGACACCCGAGGCCGAGUUGGGGACUUCCAGGGAGGCGACCACGUUCCCCGGGGGCGCGCCCAACAGCAAUACCGGCGUGGCCACGCAGUCGCCAACCUUCCCGUCGAGGACGGUCGAGAUCUCGUCCACGACGAGCCCGCCGACAACAAGUACGCCGACGAGUCCGCCGACAACAAGUACGCCGACGACGCGCCCCGGCAACCUAACGACCUCGCCGACUGUCACGGCGCCGACGACGAUCGCGACGGCCGGCGCGCGGGCCGUCUUCGUCGGCGGGGUGGCGUCGACCUCUGUGCUGGCGCUCGCUGCGCUGCUACUCUUCUUCUAAGGGGAGGGGGGCCGAAGGGGGCGCUUUCGCCUGUAAUGUUUAGACGUCGUGUUCCGAGAAGAGAGCGAACUAAACCUAAA